UACGAGGAAUUAGCAUUUUGGCAUUUAGUGUGUGUGAAGAUAUACAGGAAAAAAAUAAAUAUCGAAGAGCCAUUUUGGAACAAUUCCGAUUUUCCGCCAUAUUAUAUUUACCGGCUUUUUUCAAAAUAUUUACAUUUUGCAAUGUAAACAAACUUCAGAAAACGUUAGUUUAAAUAAUUUACCAAAUUCGUGAAAAUAAUUGUAGAGAAAGGUUGCGGUGGCAGCAGUCGCAAAGAACAAAAAAUGCGUAGACAAACAGAGAAAACGAAACCCAACAACGCGUCUGCCAAACAAUAAAAUUGAGAAAAACAAAGCGAAAAUCAAAAUUCUACAAAGCAAAUUGCCGAAAAUUGCUUCGGAAUCGAAUAAAGUUUGUUGAAAAAAGACUUAAUUUCCCUAAACAUUUUUCAGAGUGGUCGUAAUGAAUAUCCACAAUUUCGCUUUGGGCUCUGGCAGCUCGGCGCCUAUUGUGAAUAAUCUCUCGUUGGCUUCUGCAGCAGUGCCCGUGACACAUAGUGCUACAACAUCACCUUUAUACUUUACUCACAUAUUACCUCCAUCCACGACCAUCAUUGAGCAGCCCUAUACAUCGGAUUUGGAAGAGCCUAUAGCAAACUGUGGCCCCGUUGGUGAAAGUUUUCUCAUAGAGGAGAUUAUCGACGAACGCGAUGAAGAAGGCAACAUUGUCGUUGAUCCGGGGGAAUUUUUUAUAUCAGGAGAUAAUAUACAAUACUAUGCAGUUCCUGAACCAUUGCCGCCGCAAAUGAUAAUGCAGCCAUCAGCGGCGGAUGCCCUUCAAGCCUAUGCCGAAAGCGUAAAUGUUAGUGAGAGUGUUAUGCUGCCAACUAAUUCCCCACAAGUUCUUGAUCAGUAUGUAGCAGCCCAGCUAAACUUGGGGGCUAGUCAAUUUGGCAUGCCUGCGGCUAUAAUACCAUCACACAUUAAAAUGGAGCAGCCUGACAAUAGUGACUUGUCCAAGGUGGUAAAGCAAGAAGUUCCGGAACGUAAUCACAUGCUCUGCAGCAGAGAAAGAAAAGAAAAAUUACUUCACAACAAUCGAAACAAGAAACCACAGGCAGCCAAAAGAUGGAAACAGACGAAAGUCCCCAUUCGCAUAACGCAAGAUGAGUUUAAUGUUACAUUAUGGUCAGCAUUGAAUUCGGAGGAUGAAGACGACCAAGCUAUGGAUAACGACGAACAACCUGAUCAAAUUGUCACAAAGAUACAUGAUAACUCAAUGGAUUCCACGGAAACCAGAUCAAAUUCGAUCGAAGAUGUAGACGCCACUUCGCGUGUAAAUCGAAUGCUUCUUGAAGAAUCCAGUAUGAUGCAUGUGAACGACGGCUUAUCACCAGCAGAGUAUGUCAUUGUUCCCGAUCCUUUUACUGGGGAUAUUGUGGAAGAAGAGGUUCAGACAGCUUCCGCAGUAGAAGACAUUAAAUGCGAAGAGACCUCCUUACAGAAUUCAGAAUAUCAGCUUUCCUUAGUACCACCUUCGCCACCGCAUCCGCAAGAACUUUUACAGCCCAAAGAAGAAAAACGUCAACAACAAGCUUCUAGCUCAUCCAGGAAUACACAGCAAAUAGUUCCAUCACAAUUGAUGGGCAUCAAGCAGAUAAAUUCCUUGGGAGAACCAACAGUAAAACUGAAAAAUCCCAUGACUUCAAAUAAACAUAAUAAGAAGUCCGUAGCCCAAUCUAUAAAUGCCACAGCAAUGAACAGCAGCGGUGUGACUUCAAUAGCACCAUCCUCAUCACCACCACCACUCCAAUCCAACAAUCAACUACCGCAUCAGUUAUCAGUUGCACCUGCGUCAACGCAGCCCUCAAGUAUUGUUUCUACAACUACCACAGCCUCAGGGACAGUCACAAUUUUCCGGUGCACAUAUCGCGAUUGCAACAAAGAGUUUCGAAAUCAUUCUGCCAUGCGCAAGCAUUCAGCUACUCACGGUCCUCGUGGCCAUGUCUGUGCCGAGUGCGGAAAAUCCUUUGUAGAAAGUUCAAAACUAAAGAGACAUCAGCUGGUCCAUACCGGCGAAAAGCCCUUCGAAUGCACUUUUGAGGGUUGUGGCAAACGCUUCUCACUUGACUUUAAUCUUCGCACCCAUGUGCGCAUACACACCGGAGAUCGACCUUACCACUGCCCAAUCGAGGGAUGUCACAAAUGUUUUGCUCAAUCAACUAAUCUGAAGAGUCACAUGUUGACUCAUUCCAAGCCCAAACGUAAAUGGCCCCGACCAGUUAGCAACAAACCUCUGAUAGCUCGAUAUGGGCGUUUAGAAUUGGGUGAAGAUCCCAAUUUGGUUUAUUUGGAGACUAAUGAACAAUACGGUCCUAUUUUAGACAAUUCAUAAAUGAAAGAAGAAAACUAAAUUCUCUUGCGCAAUGAAUUUGCCGUUUACUUCAUAUGGUAACCGCCACUGUAAAUCAAUUUCACUUCCGUUUUCCCAAACCUUAAAUCCCAAUUAUAGUUUUUAAUUUUUUCAGUUACUCAAUUUUGUUUUGUUUUUGAAAUGCAUCAAUUUUCUUUUUUUUUAAAUAUUUGCUUAGUCUAAGGUUUUGCAACUAGCAGCAGUAAAAUUCGUAUUUUCAUUUUAGUUUCGAAAAAAAAAACAAAAUAAUAAUUUCUUUGUUCAUAUUUGCGUAUUAGAUGCAUACAACUUACAUACACACGUGUGUAUAGCGGGAAGGAAAAUUUCAAGUAAAUGAUAAAAAUAUUUUUACAAUGUAACACAUAGUGUGGUAGCGAUUUGUAAUGUUUUUAAUUUAGAAUGUAAUAAUUACUAUAAUAUGUAACUGUAUUUUUAUAACGGAUCACUGAAUUAAAAAUAAUAAAAAAAAACAUG